UUGAAAAGGGUACUAGUUUGAGUGAUGGGCACGCUCAAUAAAAGCCGCUGAGCUUAUCAUACACCUCGAAUCUAACCGGAAUAUCCAUCCGCUGGGCCAAAAUACAUUCAUUUUAACCCUUUUAACCAAGACCAGACCGCUAUUUAUCCAGCCAUUUCCACCCUACUCCAUCUAAACCACAUCGUUUAUAUACUAACCGUCUGAAAGAGGAUCAGCAAACAUGUUCUACACCUGUGGUCCCAACGAGGCUAUGGUGGUGUCAGGGUUCUGUCGUUCUCCUCCACUGAUGAUACCCGGAGGCCGAGUGUUCGUCCUCCCGUGUGUCCAGCAGUUACAGAGGAUUUCCCUGAACACUCUGACUCUGAAUGUGAAGAGUGAUAAAGUCUACACCCGCCACGGGGUGCCCAUCUCUGUCACCGGGAUAGCUCAGAUGAAGAUCCAGGGUCAGAACAAACAGAUGCUGGCUGCAGCCUGCCAGAUGUUCAUGGGGAAGUCAGAAGCCGAGAUCGCUCAGAUCGCCUUGGAGACGCUGGAGGGACACCAGCGGGCCAUCAUCGCCCACCUGACUGUUGAGGAGAUCUAUAAGGACCGAAAGAAGUUCUCGGAGCAGGUUUUUAAGGUGGCGUCCUCUGACCUGGUCAACAUGGGUAUCAGCGUGGUCAGCUACACGCUCAAAGAUGUUCACGACGACCAGGAUUAUCUGCAUUCACUGGGGAAGGCUCGAACUGCUCAGGUUCAGAAAGACGCUCGCAUUGGAGAGGCCAAGAACAAGAGAGAUGCUGUGAUCAGGGAGGCUCAUGCGUUGCAGGAGAAAGUCUCGGCUCAGUACAAGAAUGAGAUCGACAUGGCAAAGGCCCAGAGGGACUAUGAGCUGAAGAAGGCUGCCUACGACAUCGAGGUCAACACAAAGAAGGCUGAGUCAGAGAUGGCCUACCAGCUGCAGGUAGCCAAGACGAAGCAGCUCAUCGAGGAGGAGAAGAUGCAGGUCCAGGUGGUGGAGCGGACGCAGCAAAUCAUGCUGCAGGAGCAGGAGAUCAGCCGCAGGGAGAAGGAGCUGGAGGCCAAGGUGAAGAAACCUGCAGAGGCCGAGAGGUACCGCCUGGAGAAACUGGCCGAGGCUCAGCGUCUUAAGUUGAUCAUGGAGGCGGAGGCCGAAGCCGAGUCCAUCAGGAUGAAAGGUGAAGCCGAGGCAUUUGCAGUAGAGGCCAAAGGUCGCGCUGAGGCAGAGCAGAUGGCGAAGAAGGCAGAGGCCUUCCAGCAGUACAAGGACGGAGCCAUGGUGGACAUGCUGCUGCAGCAACUACCUCUGAUGGCAGAAGAGAUUAGCAGGCCUCUGUGUGCAGCCAACAAGGUUACCAUGGUAUCCAGUGGAGGCGGGGAGGUGGGCGCCGCCAAACUGUCAGGAGAGGUGCUGGACAUCAUGGUCCGCCUCCCUGAGGCUGUGGAGAAACUGACUGGAGUCAACAUCUCCCAGGUGACCUCUCGUACAGGCUGAAGAGAAUCAACCAGUCUGAUGACCGGACAGGUCCACUCCCCUCUGCCCCCUCCCCUAGCCUUAUCAGCUGCCUGGACUCUUUGCAUGAGUCUGCUAACACUAACAGCCUCUCUCUCUUCUACUCCCAAUUCUGUCUCACAGCAUCCGGUCAGCUGUUUCCCCCCCCCAUGUAGCUCUGUAGACAUCUUGCUGUGAUGUUUCUGUGUUGUGAAAACACGUACACUUCCUUUGGUCACUGAUACCCAGGUCUAUCUGGGCUAAAGUAUUGUACUCAUCCGGCUACAGUUACAGUUUUUAUUUCAGUUAUUAGUUUUUAUAUAUUCCCCUGGUACUGUAUUACAUUCAGCCUAAACACAAAGCACUCAAAUUACAAUACUUUCCACAUAUUUUCUUUAAAAAAAUCCAGGCCUGUGACUUAAUUUACAUUGGCAUGACAUGAGCCGAUUUUUAAAUGCAUCAAAACAAGCAACAAGUAACUGUAGCCUCUGUGUAUCCAGUACUUUUUACAUUUUCACUUUCUUCUCUCUGCACUGCACGCUAAUGAGAACGUCUUUAUUCGUCUCCUUUUGUCUGAGUCUCUCCCCGCUGUCUGUGUUUACUCUUACCUCCAUUACUGCCUGUCCGCUGCCUCGCUGCCAAACCGUAAGUGCAU